AUGGUACCUUUCAAAGGCGGAAUCUCUGCAGCACUGAACCCCGACCACCACGUCAAGGUGGCAGCUUUAGGUCGGGAGAAGCAGAAGUAUGGUGCUGGUGAAUAUGCCCUGGCCAUAAUCUCAGCCCUACAUGCCAUCGGUUGUUAUGUCGACUUCUUGGUUCACCAACCGAUGAUCAUCUAUUAUCGAGGGAUCUGCUUUCCUUAA